UUGCAUACAAAAGAGAAAUCAUGAUUCAUCUGACUUAUUCCUUUGCCGUCAUCAAGUUGAGAUAAAUGACGGAGUGUUCCACAUUUCAACGAACUUCUGUUUUCAAGGGAAAUUAAGAACUAGUUUAUAAUCAACUUCGACAAGCGAGCACACAAAAUGUGUGGUUAUGCCAGGAAAAUGUUAUUUAUUAAUUAAGACCAAUCCCAUAUGCCCGUUUAUUUUAAGUUUUAUUUUUAGUUACGCUACAGUGCGUGUAGUUAACUAUUCAGUAUGGACAAUGAUGAAGAAAAUGGAGAAAUCAACGAGCUUUCUCUCACAAGACCAAGUCUGGGGUCUGAUGGUGACUAUGACGAUGAAUUGGGAGUACCGGAAACCAUUAAACUGGUCGAUAUGGGUGAUGGGCCCGUUGCUAUUGUAAACUCGGAUGAGGAGUUGGAAAAUGAACAAAUCGAUGGACUUCCUUAUAACUGCAUUCACAACUACAAGAAAUUUAAGUCUUACCACCGAAAUGUUUUUAUACCAGGCAUCGAUAUUAAUGCGACGAUUACGGAUUAUGAAAGGAACUUGACCACUCACAUGCUUAAUCCAAAUUUGUACUCGAUAUCUUUAACGCAUGGAAAUUAUACAUGGGAGAUCAAAAAAAGAUAUAAAGAGAUACAAAACUUGCACCAACAAUUGGUACUGUUUAGAACCAGUUUAAAUAUACCUUUCCCCAGUAAAACCCACAAAAAUAAAAGGAAAAGUUUCAAAGAAAAUGCCCCGGUUUCCCCUAAAGGAAAACGAAAAAGUGCCUUGCCAAGAUUUCCGAAGAAACCAGAAAUUCUAGUGAGUUUCGAUCGUUUAGGAAAUAGAAUGAAGCAGAUAGAAAGCUAUCUCAACAACUUGCUCUCUAUUACGAUUUAUCGGAAUCAUCCCGCCACUAUAGAGUUUUUACAAGUGUCUCAUUUAUCGUUUAUUAACGGAUUAGGAAUUAAGGGAAAAGAAGGCCUGGUGAAGAAGAAAACUGGAAGUACCUAUGCCGGUUGUAACUGUUUUGGGUUUUACAACUGUUUCUGUUGCGUUAGGUGCCAACACAUCUGCGGCAUCAUCUGCUCCCGUUGGGUAAAACGGUGGUUUUUCAUAAAAGACACCUUUUUCGGCUACAUAAACCCCGAUACAGGCCGGGUGAAUCGCGUGGUACUCUUCGACCAAGGCUUCGAGGUUGCCUCCGGGAGUUACGCCCUCGGGCUCCACACCGGGUUUCAAAUUCAAACCCUAAGUCGUCAACUUACGAUCAAUUGCUGGACGAGGAGGAGGAGUAAAGAGUGGAUCGAGGCCUUGAAAGAAGUCGCGGCCACAUCUGCUCGAGAGUUCAUUAGUCCGAAUCCGCACCAUUCGUUCGCUCCCAUCAGGACUAAUAUCACCGCGUCUUGGUUUGUCGACGGCGCCACCUACAUGUCGGCUGUGGCAGACGCUAUCGAGAGUGCUAAGGAGGAAGUGUUCAUUACGGACUGGUGGCUGAGCCCCGAGAUUUACCUGAAAAGGCCCGCCAUCGUGGCCGACUAUUGGCAGCUCGAUAAAUUAUUGGAGAGGAAAGCGAAACAAGGAGUGAAAAUUUACAUCCUACUGUACAAAGAAGUAGAAAUGGCACUGGGUUUAAACAGCUACUAUAGCAAACAGAAGUUGAUAACGGCAUCGGAAAACAUUAAAGUACUGAGGCAUCCCGAUCACGCGCGGGCUGGUAUACUGUUGUGGGCCCACCAUGAAAAAACGGUGGUCAUAGAUCAGACGUUUGCUUUCCUCGGCGGAAUCGACUUGUGUUACGGCAGGUGGGACGACGAUAAGCACAGGUUAACUGAUCUGGGUAGCAUAACCCCGACGUUAGACGUGUCCACGUUGAAAAAAAAGUCUUCCAGCGUCCCAGGCGGCGAUGUGAUAUACCCGAUCCCCGUUCCGUAUUACAAACAAACCCCCCUACCCGAAGUACAAGAACCGGAUACGCCCACGCCUGAAGAGUCCUGUACGUUACCUCAGCUAGAACCCGGCGAUGACCUCCUCAUGCCUUGCAAGGCGCCCGACAAGGCGAAAUUGAACACGCCCGACCCCGAACGGAAAAAUUUGAUGAACGACAUCAAAGACACGAUUAAAAAUAAGGGCAAGGAACUGAUACACUUGGUGUACAACCCGCACGAGAGCGAGGAGGGUACCGACCAGCCGGACACACCAGACGGGCCGGAAGUGUGUCAGAAAGAUCUGCAAACGCCGGAACAAAUCAUCGAAAGUCUCGACGGUUCGGCUAAAUUUUGGAUCGGGAAGGACUACGUAAAUUUCAUAGUGAAGGAUUUCACCAAUCUGGACUCGCCGUUCGAUGAUUUUAUAGAUAGGGUCACGACGCCUAGGAUGCCUUGGCACGAUAUGGGGGUUUGCGUGCAGGGGCCGGCGGCGAGGGACGUCUCGAGGCAUUUUAUUCAACGGUGGAACGCCACGAAGCUCGAGAAAGCCAAGAAGAACGACCUAUACCCCUAUUUGAUGCCGAAGAGUUACGAUAGAUACGAUACGUUGCCCGUUUACUUCCCGAAUAUGACGCACAAGGUGACGUGUCAGGUCCUUCGCAGUGUUAGUACAUGGUCUUGUGGUUUUUUAGAGCCGGACACGGUAGAGCAGAGCAUCCAUGAGGCCUACAUCGACACCAUCACCAAGGCGCAGCACUACAUCUACAUAGAAAACCAGUUUUUCAUAACGCUGCCCUUCAGGAACCCCAACGUCAGGAACCAGAUCGCCGACGCCCUGUACAAGCGAAUAGUGAGGGCGCACAAGUCCGGAGAGGUGUUCAGGGUGUUCGUGGUGUUGCCGCUCCUGCCCGGCUUCGAGGGGGAAGUCGGCGGGGCCUCUGGGACGUCCCUGCACGCCAUAACUCACUGGAACUACUCGUCGAUCUCACAGGGCCAGGAUGCUAUCCUAAACAGGCUGAAAGGUGCCGGGAUCGAGGACCCGUCCGAAUACAUAACGUUCUACGGUCUAAGGAACCACUCGACGUUAAACUCGGAACCGAUAACCGAGCUCAUAUACGUCCAUUCCAAGCUUAUGAUCGUCGACGACAAGAUAGUCGUCUGCGGCUCCGCCAACAUUAACGACAGGUCCCUCAUAGGGAAACGGGACUCGGAAAUCGCCGUCAUCAUAGAAGACGAAGCCUUCGAAGAUGGCAUCAUGAACGGCAAGUCCUUCCCGUGCGGGGAGUUCGCUGGUAGCCUGAGGAAGCAUUUGUUCAAGGAGCACCUGGGUACCCUGGGGCAGGAAAACGAGGUGUUCGACCUGGACGUUACCGAUCCGACGUCCGAUUACUUCUAUCGGGAGGUUUGGUACAAAACGGCAAGUCUCAACACGGAGUUUUACGAGAAGGUGUUCCACUGCUUGCCGACGGAUUCGGUGCAGACCUUCGGCGACUUGAAGAAGAACCACGAGGAGAAGCCCCUGUGGGUAAACGAGUACUCGAGGGCGCAGAAAAUGUUGGACAGCAUCCAGGGUCAUCUGGUCCUCUUCCCGCUGAAUUUCUUGUGCAAAGAAAACCUGACGCCGGCAGCGAAUUCCGUCGAGGGUUUGAUGCCCACUGCUUUGUGGACGUAAACGUGCCUUCAAGUAAAUAUAAUGCAUACAAUAAUUUGUACGUUUCACGCAACUAAGCACUUCGCGCCAGUAGCAAUUAUGAAUUUUAUAAGAAAAAAUCGACAAUCAUGAAAAGUCACUUAAAAUUUAUUUAUUGUUAAAAAAAUGUAUCGAAAACCUUUAAAAAAAAAUACUCUGCAGCUGUGAACUUAUUAGGAAAUACGCAAGGAAUUAAUUUUUGAAAAAUAUAUAAACUUUGCCUUAAGAAAAUUAAGUGCAAUAAUUUUUUAAAUGUGUAGUUUUAUCGUACGUAUAUUUUAUAUAAUGUCUUUUAAAUUUUUUUAAAAUCGGCGGUCUUUGUAUAUGCUGAUAUUAAUUACCCUAGUUUAUGUACUUAUGGUUACGCAACCGGUUACACUUAGGAAUAAGAAUACUAGAUGGCGACACUCCCAAAAAUUCCCUAUCACACUCAUACACGGUGGUGCAACAAAAGUACCUUCACGAUUUUAAAUUAAAAAAA